UACUGUUGUCUGCUGCUCUCAUCAGUGCUAGACCUGCUGGCUGCUCCAGCUCAGUUACUGAGCUCUGUGACUCCGCCAUACUGAAGGGCACAUCACCAGCAACACACUACUAACUGGAUCCAGGGACAGCACUGGAGGUUUAAAGAACACAAUUAGGCGAGUGUACUAGGAUUCUGGAAUUUCACUGUUGAUCAGCAGGUCAUACAAAAAUGAAAUGAGUACAGUCUGCGCAGGAGUAACUUGUGUCUCACAUGGCUGAUACAGAUCAUCUAUUCAAACCGAAUCCCAAAUCUACCAUUGCAGUAGGUCUGUGGAACUAAACGAGUCUGUCGCUCUCCAGAUGAGCAACUAGUCCUGCCGUUCUUUUACAAGAUAGCAAUCGGUUUGGCAUGGCUGCUAAAUCUUUGUUUGUAGUUCUUUGUGUGCUGCUUGAAGCUGCAGCAUUUGGGCCAGUUCCAAGGAUCACAUGGGAACAUAAAGAAAUUCAUUUAACACAUCUUAACGUGGAAGGAGUUUUAAACUAUACUUCUUUAUUACUGAGUGAAGAUGAGAAUAUCCUGUAUGUGGGCGCAAGAGAAGUCAUAUUUGCGGUGAAAUCCAUCAAUAUUACAGAGAAAAUCCACGAGGCUUACUGGAAAGUCAGUGAUGAGAAAAGCGAUGCGUGUGGUAAAAAAGGCAAAUCCAGACAGACUGAGUGCUUUAACUUUAUCCGGGUGCUACAGCCGCUCGGUGACAAUGUCCUGUAUGUGUGUGGAACCCAUGCCUUUCAGCCUACCUGUGACCAUCUGGAUUUAAACACUUUUCAAUUCUUGGGUAAGAAUGAGGAUGGCAAAGGAAGAUGCCCCUUUGAUCCAGCUCAUAGUUACACUUCAGUGAUGGUCGAUGGCGAGCUUUAUUCUGCAACAUCCAAUAACUUUUUGGGCAGUGAACCAAUUAUUUUUAGACACUCCCAUCAAAGCCAAUUAAGAACGGAGUACGCUGUACCAUGGCUUAAUGAACCAAACUUUGUGUAUGCGGAUGUGAUCAGAGCUCCUCAGACCAACCCAGAAGGAGAUGAUGACAAAGUGUAUUUCUUCUUCACAGAAGUGUCUGUUGAAUUUGACUUUCUAAGCAAGCUUCUAAUACCAAGGAUUGCUAGAGUGUGCAAGGGAGACCAAGGAGGACUGAGAACAUUACAGAAAAAGUGGACAUCAUUCCUCAAAGCCAAACUCAUCUGUUACUCGCCAGAAAAUAAUUUCAUUUUCAACGUCAUUAAUGAUGUUUUCAUCUUGAAAUCUCCAGAUUUAAAGGAGCCAGUAAUCUAUGGCGUUUUUACCUCUAAUUUGAAUAACGUUGGAAUAUCUGCUGUGUGUGCCUACAAUGUCUCUGCUGUGGAAGCCGUAUUUGCAACGGGAAAGUAUAUGCAGAGUGCAACAGUGGAGCAAUCACACACUAAGUGGGUACGCUUUAAUGGAGAAAUUCCCAAACCUCGUCCAGGAGCGUGCAUCAACAAUGAAGCCAGAUCGUUGAAUUACACCAGCUCGCUUAAUCUUCCCGACAAGACAUUACGGUUUGUUAAAGACCACCCUCUCAUAGAGGAUUCAGUGGAUCCAAUUGGCAAUAAACCAAGGCUUGUGAUCCAAAAUGUGGCUUUCACACAGAUUGUAGUGGACCAGGUGACUGCGUUGGAUGGAAUUACCUAUGACAUCAUGUUUUUAAGUACAGAUAAAGGUAAGCUGCUCAAAGCUGUCAAUCAGCAUUCUGAGAUGCGUAUUAUUGAGGAAAUUGUGUUGUUUCCUGAUAUGGAACCAGUCCAGAACCUGCUCCUUUCAACCAAACAGCGCAAACGAUAUAUCUAUGCUGGCUCCAGUGUGGGUGUGGUACAGACCCCUGUUGCGUUUUGUGAGAAGUUUACCUCAUGCAUAGAGUGUGCUUUGACAAGAGAUCCAUACUGUGCUUGGAACAAAGUAGAAAGUUCCUGUGUUAAUAUCCUUCAGGACAGAAAUGAUGACAGGCUCUUGGUACAAGCAUUAAAUGGUGAUACAUCACAAUGCCAAGAUUCUAUCGAUAAAGGAACAGAAAACACUGUGAUGCACACUGUGAAGUCAGGAAGCAUGGUUGAACUCAGCUGUUCUCACAAGUCUAAACUGGCCUCUCUGGUUUGGACUUUCAAUAAUGAAAGACUUACAGAUAAUAAUCCCAGAUAUCGUCUGCUGCACAAAGGAAUACUUCUUUUUAACGUCACUGAGGUGGACACGGGUACUUAUCAAUGCUUGUUCCAGGAGUCUCUGAUGGGGAACAUGAAUUCCCAGCUGAUAAUAAGUUAUGCCAUAGAGUUGGAGAAGAUCCCACCUCCCCCUUUAACUACAUUCCAUCAGAUCUUAACUGAAGCUAACCUGGGGACAACACAGGCUAACACAGUAGGUACGGACAGUACUACCACUGAAACACCUUCAACCACACAAUCUAAGACAUCAUCUGCUGCUGUAAGGAACAUGACGAGCAGAAUGCCAACAACUCUGACUACAGCAACUUUAACUGAGAUAGUUAAUUAUAUUCCGGAUUUAGGAAUGGAAAAGGCAUACUUGAAAAACCCAAGUGACUGCUCUCUCCUCAUCUUUCCCAUCGUGUUGUUGUUGAUCUUGUUUAUCAGUCUGUUGACAUACAACUGCUUUAAAGGUUUUAUUCCAGAACCUUGCUUAAAAUAUCGUUCUGCUCUGUACUCUGGUAAUAAGAAAACCCCACCAGCUUUUGUAGACUGUGAACAAGGUGUAAAUGAAACACUAGUUAGCAGUCAAAAACAAUAUGUGGAGCCAAUCAAGGCACCACGUGACACUGGAUAUGAGACAGAGACAGAUUGUGGAAAUGGAAACAUCCCACAUAAAGAGGCCCUGGAAAAAACGGACAUGAUCGAAAAGGAUAAGCCUUUUGAUGUGAAAUGUGAUUUAAAAUAUGCAGAUUCAGAUGGGGAAUGAAAGAGACUUUAUAAUUUUAAAUACUUAAAAAACAAAACAAAACCAACAACAAAACUUAAACUUGCUGACCAGAACAUAAGAUGAGCAUUUUAUCAAGUGUUGAUAAAACAACAAAGUGAGAGAAAAAUAAAUCUCAUCUUUUUCAUUAAAUUCAUUAAGUUCCAGAUAAGCCAGCAAAGGAUUGUCCCAUCGUUUACCUCUCUGGACAGGUUAAUUAUUACUAGUCCUCUGAGAGCCAAACAUACUGGCAUUUUAACCAUUAUUUUGUCAUCUUUGCUGUUUUCUACAGGCUUCUAAGAUUCCCAGAUUUUGUUCACCACUGUUUUAUAUAUUCUUUGCUUUCUUUCAUUACCUUUUCAUAACUUUUCUCCCCUUUUUUUCUCUUUUUUUUUCUCCUUGGCUUUUAUUGAUAGAACAUAAUGCAAAGAAUUGGUCAAGGAUAUCAGUUGUUGCAAUAUACCUUAUCUGAUUUUAAUUCCAAAUUGGAAAUGUUAUGGUUUAUCAAAUUGGUAAGAACCUAUUAGGCAGUUCCUAAAUUAGGGUGAUCACAUUUUUUGCCUAGUGUUCAAAUGUACAGAUGUUCAUAUUGCAGCAUGUAGAUCAAUAAUCUGUAAAUACUCCAUAUGAUCUGUUAGUGAUUGUGGGACAAAUCUGGUUUAAUUUAUGUUACUUUCUCAGGGAAAAUGUUUUUAUACAACUUUACUCUCAGCGUACAAUUCUCAUCUGGAAAGUGAUUGGAUAUAAAAUCCUGUGGUUUAAAACAACAAUUAUUUAUGCUUCACACUUUUUUAAGACUUGGAGUAUGGACUUAUUUCAUUGAUAAUGAAGACGCAUAUAUCAAGCCAUGCCUAUAGAUAUAUUUGCACAGUGGACAUCCGAAAUAUAUAUUAUCGCUGAGUCGAAACCGCAAAAGUGGUUUAUUGGAGCUGGUGCGUGAUUUCAAAACUGAGCCACAACAUUAAGACAAUUUCUAACAAAAAAUAAAAUUAAAUAAGAAGUCUUGUAUACCGGUUUACCACUGGAGUUCAGAGACUGCUAACUGCAUUGGAAAGAUGUUUUAAGGGCGUAUAAAUGGGACUGUUUAGGUACAGACGUUCCUGAUAACAUUUUUUAAAAAAAAGGGGUUUUAGAGUUAAAACAUUUAAAUAACUGUUCACGAUAUCUGAAAAUAGUUUAUUUUUUUAUAAAUGUGAAUCAUAGCUGUAAUUAUUAAACAAUGUCUUAAUAAAUAGUUUUAUGG